AAAAUUCGACGCGAAAAAUUCAUCUGGCAUUCUUCGCUUUCUUCCAAAAACCGAUAUAGAUUCUGGAGAGGUCGAGUCGCGGGUUGCUUCAUGGGUGGCGCAAGCGUCCCGACGUUGUUUUAAACUAGGACGCCAUCCAGUCUGCCGUCGGAUGGCGAGAUCGACGAGCACAAAAGUCCUUUUCCAUGUAUAUUUUAAUACAUUACGGGAAUAUACAAAAUCAAUCAUAACUCCGUCAAUUCAAUAUUACAUAAUAUUGAAUGGGGCCGAACAGAAUUCUUAUAUGAAAUAAAUAAUAUACCUAUAUGUAGUAUGUUUUAUCUGGAAGGGUACUUUUGCUAUGUGUGAUGAUCUUUACUCCAAUAUAGUGUUUUUCUUUUUGUGUUGAUGAUCAAUAAUGACAUUUUUUUCAAACGUAAAUGAUGGCUCCAAAAACGGAGUCUGAAACAAAUACAGCGCCGAUUCUGUCAUGGAAUUCUUCCUCAACCUUUGUGAUUACAGAUAUGCGAGAUAGAAGAAGCAGAGAUGUGAGAAAUUUCAAAAUAACGCACAAUGAUAGCGAAUGUAAUGGCUUCUUUCUCAGCAACACUAACAGAGACCUCAUCGAAUGUACCUCAAUUGUUCCUGCAAAACAUCUCUUGGUUCAGCAACAAGUCGCAUGUUUCUUCGAACUUGGAAGUUUUACAACCUUUUUGGGUUAAUUUGUUGAUACUCAUCUUCAAGUCUUUCGUAAUGGGUACUAUAAUAAUUAUGGCUGUGCUCGGAAAUGCGCUAGUUAUUAUAAGUGUUCAUCGUCAUAGAAAACUGAGAGUGAUCACGAACUACUAUGUUGUCAGUUUGGCAAUGGCCGAUAUGUUAGUUGCCUUGUGUGCUAUGACUUUUAAUGCAAGUGUCGAGUUAACGGGAACCUGGCUUUUCAGUCCUUUCAUGUGUGAUAUGUGGAACUCUUUCGACGUCUACUUUUCUACGGUGUCUAUUUUGCAUCUGUGUUGCAUAAGUGUCGAUCGAUACUAUGCUAUUGUCCGACCUUUGGAGUACCCAAUCACCAUGACGCAUCGGACCGUCACUUUCAUGUUGGCCAAUGUAUGGAUUCUACCUGGAUUCAUUAGUUUCAUGCCCAUUUUUCUGGGUUGGUACACGACAGAUGAGCACCUCGAGUUCCAGAAACAGCAUCCCCAUAUCUGUAAUUUCGUUGUAAAUAAAUAUUACUCACUAAUAAGCAGUUCGAUGAGUUUCUGGAUACCCGGUGUUGUGAUGGUAACGAUGUACUUCAGAAUAUAUAAAGAGGCGACAAGGCAAAGGAAGGCUCUAUCUAGAACGUCUUCGAAUAUUAUUCUCAACUCAAUCCAUCAACACCGCACAUCAUACAGAGAAAGGUACAAUGAAAGGUUUGGAGAUCACUUUUUGCAUCCAUCAGAUGGGGAGCUUACUACAGUAGGACAAAUAAAUGGAAGAAGAAGUACAGGCUCAGGAUCUGCAAUCUCGUAUGGGACGACAUUGACGGAGUUUAACACUGCCAUGAACACAGGAGACAACAGUAAGGCUGCUACAGAACUCAACAUCAAUGGUACCACAAUCAAACAACAGUCGAAAACUUGGAGAGCUGAACACAAGGCAGCCAGAACUUUGGGUAUCAUAAUGGGGGCGUUCAUGUUAUGCUGGCUUCCUUUUUUUCUUUGGUAUGUUAUAACAACAUUAUGUGGAGAAAAAAGCUGCCCCACACCAGACUGGGUUGUAGGCAUGCUCUUUUGGGUAGGCUACUUCAACUCGGCCCUGAAUCCCCUAAUUUAUGCUUACUUUAAUCGAGACUUCAGGGAGGCUUUCAAGGAUACCCUUCUUUGUACAAUGCCGUUCUGUUUCGCGUGUUGGAAAAAUUCACCGAGAUAUCUCUAGCCUCAAGAUUUGUCGCCGGCUUGCAGAGAUGAAAGACUUUGAGUCUUUAUAUCUUGUAAAGUCGAAGCGGCUAGCUACAGCAGCUUUGUAAGGUUGCGCAAUAAUUUAGAACUGCUCACAAGUGUUUCGUUGCCUAGUUGUAAUGAUUAAUAAGAUUGGAUUCAUAUAAAAGAAAUCCUCUGAAAUAGAAAUAUUUUAAAUGGUAUCUACCAGUAGAAAAAACAGAUGAGAUUUCUUUCUCAAUAUUCGAUCAUUAUUGUUGAAUGGAACAUAAUGGAUAUUUUAUUUGAGAGACCUUUCAUGCCACUUUCUUAUUCGCAUCAGACACGCAGUGAGUAAAUUCGUUACAUAAGAAUAUAUUAUAUUGAUUUAUUUUCACAUAUUUUGAUAUUGAAUUGACGAUUGAAAUAAACAAUCAUUUUCAUGAAAAUCAUAUAAUAUGUUUUUAGUACAAUUUUUAGUGAAUACGUAAUAUCGUAUUCAAGCAAUUAUUGAAUUUUCUAAUUUUUCACAAUAAUUACUAUGUUUGAUUCGUUUCGAUAGAUUCGACCAAGUUAAUAAUAACUCACUUUCAACUACUUAUUACCGACGAAACUUUUCAAAAUAUUUUCCCUAUUUUGUUUUUUCAAUUCUUCACCAUUCAACAAAAAAUAUCGAUAUGAAUAAUAUAUCUACGAAGCAAUAUUCUAAGACUUUGAAAGAAUAAACUACGUCAUAAAAGACUAUUGAUUGAAACAUAGAUUUAUAUACGUAAAUGUGGGAAACUUGUUGAAUUCAAAAGUAGAAAUGCAAUGAUAAAUCAAUGAUGGUCAAUUUUGACCUUCUACCAAUAUAAGAAAUCCUACAUUGUUAUAUUCUUACAAAAAGCAAUAUAAAUAUUAUUGAUGAUGAAAUAGUACAAGGAAAUUUAUCUUCAUCAUUGUUCAAUAAGUUUCCCUCUAUACUUCUGUGAUAUUAUAAAAAUUCAGAGAAGAGUUGUGAGUAGAAGUUAUGGAAUGUGUGAUAUAUUAGAGUGCUUGUUACAGUAAUUGAAUAUUAUUUUAUAGAAUUUUUCGAGAAGAAAAGAAUACCAUUGUAACCUCCAAUUACUACGAUAACUACCCACUUUCAUUUCAGAAUUUCUCGAGAAUAUGAGCAGAGCAAAGUACAAGAAGGUAUUUGAUUAAUGAUUUUUUAAAUAUUUCUAGUCAAGAAACGUAAGGAUACUAUUUUUUUGAAAUACAUUAUGCACUCAAUAUCUUGAGAAGAAUUUGGUUGCGAAAGUAUUCAUAGAUAGGUUAUAUUUAAUCUCGUUUUAAUUUUUCCAUCAACACACUUUCUGUCUUCACUUCCUCAUUACUCUCAAGUGUUGAAUAAUAAUGAUACCGAGUUAUUAAAUUGUAGUGCUGAUGCUCAUGCAAUGUUAUUUUUUUAACCUGUAAAUAAAUUGUACCUAUAUUGAUGAAAAGACAAUCUUCUAGGCCUAUUUUGUCGGAUUAUUUUCAUUGUUGAGGGAUUUAUUGAAAUUCAUGUUAUAUGUCAAGUAUGAUAAUACAAAUAAACAUAUCGUUUGUUAA